AUCUCUCUGAACUCGUACUUCACCAUGGCCAAGCACUGGAUAGCGGUUCUCCUCACACUUCUGUCUCUCACCAGAGCAGGCGUCUGUGAGACCCUCCCUGGCUCCUGCAGGAUCGUGUGUGACCCCUCCUCAGAUCGUUCUAAAGACCAGAGCAAUGGCUUUGUCAUCCCUCUCACCUCAUCUGCAGCAGGACCUCCUGGUCCACCUGGACCUCCAGGUAAAGCAGGUCCUCCUGGCCCAGCCGGACCCUCAGGUAUAGGCUCGUCGAGUAAGGGAGGUGUCGCAUUCAGUGCUGCACUGCAGGACGCCUUCAGCAAGAAUGAUGUGAUAAAGUUUAACGACAUGAUUACUAAUCUGGGAGGAGGUUAUGACUCCUCGACCGGGACUUUCACCUGUAAGACAGCAGGAGUGUACUACUUCAUCUUUAGCAUUGUGAAGACCGGCCAAAACCUACGAGUGGACUUGGUUCUUAAUGACCAAACGGUUGUGGCGAGUGCGGUGGCAGUGGAUGUUCUUCAUACAGACACCGCAAGCAAUAAUGUAGUGCUGCAGCUUAAAGCUGGAGACCGGCUACAUGUUCGGCUGAACAACAGUGAACUAAGCAAGAGGGACUCACAAAGCCGCUUCAGUAUCUUCUCUGGUUACCUGCUCUAUGAGAUCUGAGACCAACAGACAAACAUGAGUUCUUUCUGCUUUAACUUCUUUCCUCUUUGCAUUCAGACUGUGGGUGUUUCCUUGAAUAAAGAAUGAAUUCUCUGGCAAUUUGCCUGCCUGAGACUUUUCAUUGAAUAUUGAAUGAACUCUUCUGUUUUCAAAGGCCGAGACCUUGGCGAGAUACUUCACAGGGCACUGGCACAGAUAUUACACUUGGACUUCAGGGAGAUUGAGAAUGACACAACAGACAUACACACUCAGCAACAGCAGCUCAGUCACAGCGCU